AUGAUCUUGGCGGCAAAUUCCACUCGGUGCGGGCCCGAACUUCGUUCUCAGGAAUGGCGAGCCCAGCGCGAUGCUGUGUCCGACAGACUCGUAAGGCAAGGUGCAGGCGCAGUGUGUUCCUGGUCAAAGGCACCCAAAACCAGAGCCGCUUUCAAAGCUGAAAACCCGGGUCCCGUUCGCCCGAAUGCCUGCUUUUUUGGCGCUGGCGCUGCUCUCUGUGUGGAGGUCAAAAGCAGAGGUGACGGUGCUUUAUCAGCUAAUCUUCCCAGCAAGUCCGCCUUCUCGAGCUGGCAUCGAGGACGAACCUUUACCCUUCUUCAGCGUGCUCCACCAACAUCGACCGUAGCAUGGAAGCUUGCACAUCAACAGCGUCUACCUUGCAAAACCGAGGUUAAGAGGACCUACCCAUUUCCGGCGCCCAUCACCGGUGCGUGCCUCUUGAUCAAGAUGGCGGCGACCAUUAGGACGCAGCUAGGCUGCUUGACCCACCCCAUGCCGCUCACAGCUAGGGCGACGCAAUCGUGGCGGAAGGACCACAUCCUUGGUGGACGCCAGCAUCGGGCAGCUGCUUCGCUCCUGAGCUCGGGUGCCGUUCGGACCAUCCGCAUCGGAAGUUCCGCGACUCAGCCAGAGAUCGCCAUCUCCGAUAUCCUCGCCAGCGCAGCCAAGGCAAAAGGCAUCAAGGCCCCGCUGCCAUCUUCCCUCACCCGUGUUGUCCGAUCAGAGCCGCCCGCUCGCCGUUCCUGGUUUCGCUUCUCCGCCCUACAGAAGCGUCCAGCCUCAUCCACCACAGGCCCGAACAGCGGCGGCGGCCCCAACAAGCACAAGAAGAGUCCCUCUCGCUGGCUGAAGCGAUCUGGCAUCCUGAUUGCAACUGUCGGUGUAGCAUAUCUCUUCGACGAGCACGUGAAUGCACGUACCGCCCAGCGCAACCUCUUGACCGCCUGGACAGGCGUGCAGAUCGCCAUGGACUACAAGCUCAACUUUGACCGCAACUCGCUCGAAUCCAUCAACGCGCUCCACGAGCGCUGCGCAGAAAAGCUCAUGUAUGUCUGCGAGAAGAACCAGGGUCUCUACGUCAAGCUCGGUCAGGCCAUCGGCUGCCAAGCUGCCAUCCUGCCCAAGCCGUACCACCAGCUCACAAAGCUCUUUGAUCAGGCGGAACGACUGCCGUACGAAGAGGUGCGCAAGGUUCUCAUCGCCGAGCUCGGCGCGGACCCCAAGGAGGUCUUUGCCGAAUUCAACGAGGUACCCGUGGCUGCGGCGAGUGUGGCACAGGUGCACAAGGCGCGUCUCAAGCCUGCGCCCGACGCACCACCGGGCACGCUCGGGCCCGAGGUGGCCGUCAAGGUGCAGCGACCCAACAUCCGCAAGUACGCAAAGUGGGAUCUGUGGUCGUUCCGCAUCCUGCUCAAGCUGUACGAGCGCAUCUUUGAGCUGCCGCUCUCGUUCUCGGGCCAAUACAUCUCGGACCAGAUCGAACAGGAGACGUUCUUCCAACACGAGCUCGCCAACUCUCUGCGCGCCAAGCGUGCCAUCGAGACGGAUCCGGAGGCGGUGGUGCGCAAGACGUGCUACGUGCCCAAGUUUUACGAAGACAUGUGCACGCAGCGCGUGCUCGUCAUGGAGUGGAUCGGUGGCACGUGCCGCAUGACCGACCGCGAAAAGUUGGACGAGAUGGGGCUGUCCGCCAAGCAGGUCUCGCGCUCCGUGUGCGAGGCUUUUGCAAGCCAGAUCUUCCAGCACGGAUUCGUGCAGGCGGAUGGGCAUCCGUCCAACGUGCUGGUUCGUCAGCAUCCCAACGGCAAAAAGGGCCAGCACCAGGUGGUCCUCAUCGACCAUGGGCUGUACGUCGAGCUGAGCGAAGAGUUCAGGCGCAAGUACGCCCAGCUGUGGAAGGCGAUCUUCACGCUCGACCUCAAGACGCUCGACGCGAUCACGGUGAGCUGGGGCAUGGGCGAAGGGUCGUCGGAGCUGUUUGCGUCGGCGACACUGUUGCGGCCGUGGAGCAAGCCCAAGCCCAAGGGCGAGGCUGGUGCCGAGGGUGCGCAUGCUCGCAAGACGGAUCUGGAGCUGCAGCGCGAGAUGAAGGAGAAGCUCAAGAGCUUCCUGGUGCACACCGAGCUGCUUCCCAAGGAGCUGCUGUUUGUCGGUCGAUCCAUGCGCAUCAUCCAGGCCAACAAUCAGGUGCUCGGCUCGCCCGUCAAUCGGCUCAACAUCCUCGCAAAGCAUGCGGCCGCUGCGCUCAUCACGCACACCGAGACGCCGUCGCUGUAUCGUGUCCUGCGUCCUGUCCGCACCAAGCUACCCUCAUCCACGGGAGGUUCGGACAUGACGUCGUCGAGUAUGGCCCAGAGAUUCGCAGCGUGGAUCAAGGAUCGACUCGACUUUGUGCGGUUCCGAACCACGCUGCUUGUGCUUGAUCUGGCGUUUGUGGGAUCGAGCCUUUCGCACUGGUUGGGCUUCCUGCUGCGCGCUCCGCGCUCGGCACUGCUCGGCAAAUCCGACCCCAACGCGCGCGGCUUCGAAGACGACCUCGAACAAAGCAUGCGCCAAAUGGCCCGCGACGAAUUCGGCGUAGAACUAGACGAAGGCGCUUUCGUCGGCUAG